AUGAAUGGCCCCGCGAUGGAAGAAGUUCCUUUUCCGAGAGUCCGAACCCGGCGGAGGAAGACUCGCUGCCUGGCCGGGACGCCGCUUGUGCCUAUCGCCUGUGAAGAGGAGUUCGACUGCAAGGAACUUGAGACGCUUUUCCAGAAGUACAAUCUAAAGCUCGAGCAAACUGCCACGCUCAAAGCGUUGGCCGUCCUCAUUCUCGCCGCUUCUGCGCUGGCGCUCGUCGAGCUGUUGUCUACCAACUCCCGCUUCACCGUGUCCAAGGGCUCGCACCCGGUGCACUGCGUCAUCUUCACCUCACUGUUCAUUGUCACAAACGUCAAGUACUUGCAAGUGACGCAGCUACAACAGAUCGCUCGGCUCGCGCUCCUCUUCAGCUUCACCUUCGCUCUUCUCUGCUGUCCAUUCCCGCUCGCGCUUGGUCCUGGAACGCCACACGGGACGCACGGAGCGCAGGGACCCGAGGGAGCCUCGACUGCACAGGAGCAAGGUGUGUGGCAGCUGAUGCUCGUAACAUUCGUCGCCUACUCCCUUCUCCCAGUGCGAACACUCUUGGCCGUGCUGUUUGGGAUUUUGGUGGCCACGUCUCAUUUCAUUGUGACUGCGGCAUCGGUACCGGCCCGGAGACCAAGAGUCUGGAGACCGCUUCUGGCGAAUGCUCUGCUGCUGGCCGGGGUAAACAUAUCGGGUUUAUUUGUGCGAGUCCUUACUGAGCGCGCUCAGAGGAAGGCCUUUCUACAAGCCAGGAACUGCAUCCAGGAGCGCCUGCAACUAGAGGAUGAGAAUGAAAAACAGGAACGCCUCCUCAUGAGUUUGCUGCCUAGGAAUGUUGCUAUGGAGAUGAAGGAGGACUUCCUGAAGCCGCCAGAGAGAAUCUUCCACAAGAUCUACAUCCAGCGUCAUGACAACGUCAGUAUCCUGUUUGCGGACAUUGUCGGCUUUACCAGUCUGGCAUCUCAGUGCACAGCACAGGAACUGGUUAAGCUGCUGAAUGAACUCUUUGGAAAGUUUGAUGAGCUUGCUACAGAGAAUCACUGCAGGAGAAUCAAGAUCCUUGGAGACUGUUACUAUUGCGUGUCUGGUUUGACCCAGCCGAAAGCUGACCACGCCCACUGCUGUGUGGAGAUGGGCUUGGACAUGAUUGACACCAUUACGUCUGUUGCCGAGGCGACGGAGGUGGAUCUGAACAUGCGUGUGGGAUUGCACACCGGCCGUGUGCUGUGUGGAGUCCUGGGCUUAAGGAAGUGGCAGUACGAUGUAUGGUCAAAUGACGUGACUCUGGCCAACAUGAUGGAGGCAGGAGGACUGCCAGGGAAGGUCCACAUCACCAGGGCAACACUGGAGUGUCUGAAUGGAGAUUACGAGGUUGAGCCUGGGUUUGGCCAUGAACGGCACGCUUUCCUCAGCAAACACGCGAUCGAAACGUUCUUUAUCGUACCAUCGCACAGACGCAAGAUCUUCCCUGGUCUGAUCUUGUCGGAUAUAAAGCCUGCGAAGAGGAUGAAGUUUAAGACAGUGUGCUACCUCCUGGUUCAGCUGAUGCACUGCAGGAAGAUGUUCAGAGCUGAGAUUCCAUUUUCCAAUGUCAUGACCUGUGAGGACGACGACAAGAGACGGGCUCUGCGAACAGCUUCCGAGAAACUCCGAGGCAGAACGUCUUUUUCUGCCGGGGCGGUACUCAAUUCGCCUGGGACACGGGUCAACCGGUACAUCGGGCGACUGAUCGAAGCUCGCCAAACUGAAUCGGAAACUGCAGACCUCAAUUACAUCACCCUGACGUACCGAAACAGAGAAAGAGAGAGAACAUAUCAGCAGGUCUAUGAUGAAGACUUUGUCAGUGCUGUCGCUCUCUCCCUGGUUCUCUCCUCAUUGUUCGCCGUUGUCUACUUUCUAAUCAUACCUCAAGGUCUGUUGGUGGUUAUUCUGCUGGUGCUUUGUGUCUGCUUCCAUAUUGUCAGUGUGAUGUACCUUCACAUCACCCAGAUUCAGUGCCCUCCUGACUGUCUGAAACUGCAGAUUCGUACUGUUCUGUGUGCCCUCCUGGUGCUUCUCACAUACUCCAUGACCCAGGGGUGUGUGGUGGGCUGCAUACCAUGGUCAUGGGAGAGCAACAGCAGCAUGUCCGUGAUGGGGGUUGUCAUGGUGAACGGGACCUGGGUCAGUCAGGGUUUAUGUAAACAGGUCCCGUACGCGUUCCUGUCCUGUGUGCUGGCAUCGCUCUCUGUCGCCCUUUACCUCCGUGUGUCGUCACUCCCCAAGAUCCUCCUCCUGCUCCUCCUCAACAUCCUCCACACCGUUGUCAUGGAGACCAGUGGCUACCGGCAAGCUACAGGUGGAGGGUUUUUUUACACUCAAGGGUAUGAUCCUGUACUGGCUAUGCUGUUGUUCUCUGGAGCGUUGGCUCUGCACUGCCGACAGCUCGACCUCACACUCCGACUGGACUAUCUGUGGGCCACACAGGCGGAGGAGGAGAGAGAUGACAUGGAAAGAGUGAAACUGGACAACAAAAGGAUUCUCUUCAACCUGCUUCCUGCUCAUGUGGCACAGCACUUCCUGCUGUCCAACCCACGCAAUAUGGACCUGUAUUAUCAGUCCUACUCUCAGGUGGGUGUUCUGUUUGCCUCAAUCCCCAAUUUUAAUGACUUCUACAUCGAGCUGGAUGGAAACAAUAUGGGAGUGGAGUGUCUGCGUCUGCUUAAUGAGAUCAUCGCCGACUUUGAUGCGCUGAUGGAUAAAGAGUGCUACAGAGACAUUGAGAAGAUUAAAACCAUUGGGAGCACAUACAUGGCAGCAGUGGGCCUGGUCCCCACCACAGGAUCUAAGGCAAGGAAAUCCAUCUCUGAACAUUUGUGUACAGUUGCUGAUUUUGCGAUAGAGAUGUUUGACGUGUUGGAUGCCAUAAAUUACCAGUCGUAUAAUGACUUUGUGCUGCGAGUGGGGAUUAACGUGGGGCCGGUCGUUGCCGGUGUGAUUGGAGCGCGUAGGCCUCAGUACGACAUCUGGGGAAACACAGUGAAUGUGGCCAGCAGGAUGGACAGCACUGGGAUACAGGGCAAGAUACAGGUGACAGAGGAUGUGUACUGUCUGCUCUGUGGUCAGUACCACUUUGUGUGCCGUGGUAAGGUCAGCGUGAAGGGCAAAGGUCAAAUGCUCACGUAUUUCCUGGAGGGGCGGUCUCCCGGGGGUGUAUUCCAAACACAUUCCAAAAACCUGGAUCGGAAAGCCAGCCCUUUCAUCCAGACGAAGCUGGGUAGCGUUCCCACUGUGGCCAGCUACGGCGUCAAAACCCCCAGUCUCUCCCCCGUCUCAACCACAGCCAACAGCAGCAUCCGCUACCUGCCCUCCGUCUCUGUCGCCAUGGAGAUAGAGAUGUGA